AUGCCAGAGAUUCGUCGUGGCAGCUCCAUCCACGCGAGCUCGACCCCGACGUCUCCCGCGGCCGCGUCGCCAUCAUCACAGCUGCCGCCGAUUCUCCCGCCCGUCCCCGCCACGCAGACGCAGAGCCACAACGACGGGACAGCAGCGAACGAUGCCGCCGGCGCCACCACCUCCACCAACAUGCGAUCCGCCUCGAUCGAUCACGCGGGCUACAAGCCGCCGCGCCGCUCCAUCACCCUCUCCGGCCUGAAGCCGCAGCGUCACUCGACCGAUCUCGCCUCGUCCAUCCUCGCGGGUCAUCACAUCAGCAAGACGACAUCGCCGUCCGCCGCCGACGGGCCGUCGCGCCGCAGCCUCUCGUACGCCAACCGCGAGGCUGCCACGGCCUACUACGACUCCCGGGCGGCGACGCAUGCCGAGUGGCAGCGCCGCGCCAAGACGCUCGAGGAGUACUACGACGACAACCCCAGCUUGCUGCCCCAGCUGCCCUUUACCUGGCACCACGGCUGGCGCCGCUGGCGCCUCUUCUUCUUUGCCUUUCUCGUCUUUGUCGACGCCUGCGCCGUUCCCAUCGCCCUCUACUACGGCAUGUCGUACGCCGGCAACGUUCAGGGCUACAUCAUUUUCGCCGUCGUCACCACCAUCUGGGGCGGCCCGACCUAUCUCGAAUUUGCCAUUCGCACGCUGCGUCUGAUCAAAAAGGAGCGUUUCUACCGCCCUCUGGGCACGAACAGCCGCUGGUGCUUUGACGUCGUCACGUACACGUCCGUCAUCACCAUUACGGCCGUCACAGCACUAUUUGUCGUCGGCAGUGUGCCGCAUAUUGUCUGGCUUCGGGUACUCUGCAUGCCUGCGCCGGCAAUUCUGUACUCCGUUGGCGGUGUCAUGGCCUUUAUUCAGCUCUACAAUCAAAUGGGCUGGAAGGCACCCUUCCGACUCAGUUCUACGCCAAAAGGCGGCAAGGUUCUACCCCCCGUGUACUACUUUAUUGAAGACGUUAUCGCUGUCAACGCCGGUGCCGGUCGUCCCUUUCGUGAGGCCCUAGCCGCCCGCUACAAGGCCAGUCCUCGUUUUCGCCGCAUGCUCUACAUCCAGUCUAUUUUCUGGAGUAUUCCGGCAAUCAUUAUUGCCAUUCCUCUCACCGUCAUCGCUGUGAUUCACCCAGUCCCGGCUACGGCGGCUUACGGUAUUUGCUGGGCUGUGCCCUUUCUCUGGAUGGUCAUCUGGGGCGUCAUCAGCGUCUACUGGUGCAAGGCCGACAUGGUCCGCGAGCGUCUCGAAUGGCAGGCCGGCAAGGUCGACGGCGGCACCACGCCGAUGCCGCACGCAUCGCCAUCCUCGACACCACCGCCAGACAAAUCGCAGCGAAGCGAUACAACGACCAGCGCUACCGAGGAGGCAUAA